UGUUCCCCUUCCUUCCGCAGAGACACUGAUGGACUCCACCACGGCGACAGCAGAGCUGGGCUGGACAGUGCAUCCUCCCUCAGGGUGGGAAGAGGUGAGUGGGUACGAUGAGAACAUGAACACCAUCCGCACCUACCAGGUGUGCAACGUCUUUGAGUCCAGCCAGAACAACUGGCUCCGCACCAAGUACAUCCGCAGGCGAGGAGCACACCGCAUCCACGUGGAGAUGAAAUUCUCUGUCCGGGACUGCAGCAGCAUCCCAAAUGUCCCAGGCUCCUGUAAGGAGACUUUUAACCUCUACUAUUUCGAGUCGGACUUGGACUCGGCCACCAAGACUUUUCCUAACUGGAUGGAGAAUCCUUGGAUGAAGGUGGACACGAUCGCUGCUGAUGAGAGCUUCUCACAGGUGGACUUAGGUGGACGGGUGAUGAAGAUCAACACCGAGGUGCGCAGUUUUGGGCCCGUCUCCAAGAACGGUUUCUACCUGGCCUUCCAGGAUUAUGGGGGCUGCAUGUCCCUGAUUGCCGUCCGUGUCUUCUACCGCAAAUGUCCCCGUGUCAUCCAGAACGGGGCUGUCUUCCAGGAAACCCUGUCGGGAGCAGAGAGCACCUCGCUGGUGGCAGCCAGGGGCACGUGCAUUGCCAAUGCAGAGGAGGUGGACGUGCCCAUCAAGCUGUACUGCAACGGUGACGGCGAGUGGCUGGUGCCCAUCGGCCGCUGCAUGUGCCGCGCUGGCUACGAGUCCGUGGAGAACGGGACCGUCUGCAGAGGCUGCCCCUCAGGAACAUUCAAGGCCAGCCAGGGGGAUGAAGGGUGCGUCCACUGCCCCAUCAACAGCCGGACAACCUCGGAAGGGGCCACAAACUGCGUGUGCCGGAAUGGAUAUUACCGGGCAGACGCCGACCCUGUGGACAUGCCGUGCACCACCAUCCCGUCCGCCCCGCAGGCCGUGAUCUCCAGCGUGAACGAGACGUCGCUGAUGCUGGAGUGGAGCCCCCCGCGGGACUCGGGGGGCCGCGAGGACCUGGUGUACAACAUCAUCUGCAAGAGCUGUGGGGCCGGCCGUGGGGCCUGCACGCGCUGCGGGGACAACGUGCAGUUCGCCCCGCGCCAGCUGGGCCUCACCGAGCCCCGCAUCUACAUCAGCGACCUGCUGGCCCACACCCAGUACACCUUCGAGAUCCAGGCCGUCAACGGCGUCACGGACCAGAGCCCCUUCUCCCCGCAGUUUGCCUCCGUGAACAUCACCACCAACCAGGCCGCCCCUUCUGCCGUGUCCAUCAUGCACCAGGUGAGCCGCACCGUGGACAGCAUCACCCUGUCCUGGUCCCAGCCCGACCAGCCCAACGGAGUCAUCCUGGACUAUGAGCUGCAGUACUACGAGAAGGAUCUGAGUGAGUUGAACUCGACCACAGUGAAGAGCCCCACCAACACUGUGGCAGUGCAGAACCUCAAGGCUGGCACCAUCUACGUGUUCCAGGUGCGGGCGCGCACCGUGGCCGGCUACGGCCGCUACAGUGGGAAGAUGUAUUUCCAAACCAUGACUGAAGCCGAGUACCAGACCAGUGUGCAGGAGAAGCUGCCGCUCAUCAUCGGCUCCUCGGCGGCGGGGCUGGUGUUCCUCAUCGCCGUGGUGGUCAUCGGCAUCGUGUGCAGCAGAAGACGGGGCUUCGAGCGGGCUGACUCGGAGUACACGGACAAGCUGCAGCACUACACCAGUGGCCACAGUACGUACCGGGGGCCCCCCCCGGCCCUGGGGGGCCGCUCACUGCUCGUGACUCCAGGGAUGAAGAUUUAUAUUGAUCCUUUCACCUAUGAAGAUCCCAAUGAGGCUGUCAGGGAAUUUGCAAAAGAAAUCGAUAUCUCUUGUGUCAAAAUCGAGCAGGUGAUUGGGGCAGGGGAGUUUGGUGAGGUGUGCAGUGGGCAUCUCAAGCUUCCAGGCAAAAGGGAGAUCUUUGUGGCCAUCAAGACACUCAAGUCUGGCUACACGGAGAAGCAGAGACGGGACUUCCUGAGUGAGGCCAGCAUCAUGGGGCAGUUCGACCACCCCAAUGUCAUCCACCUGGAGGGGGUGGUCACCAAGAGCUCUCCAGUCAUGAUCAUCACUGAGUUCAUGGAGAAUGGCUCACUGGACUCCUUCCUGCGGCAAAACGACGGGCAGUUCACGGUGAUCCAGCUGGUGGGCAUGCUGCGGGGCAUCGCCGCGGGCAUGAAGUACCUGGCGGACAUGAACUACGUGCACCGGGACCUGGCCGCCCGCAACAUCCUGGUCAACAGCAACCUGGUGUGCAAGGUGUCUGACUUCGGCCUUUCCCGCUUCCUGGAGGACGACACCUCCGACCCCACCUACACCAGUGCUCUGGGUGGGAAGAUCCCGAUCCGAUGGACGGCACCUGAGGCCAUCCAGUACCGAAAGUUCACCUCAGCCAGUGACGUGUGGAGCUAUGGAAUUGUCAUGUGGGAGGUGAUGUCCUAUGGAGAGCGGCCCUACUGGGACAUGACCAACCAGGAUGUGAUAAAUGCCAUUGAGCAGGACUAUCGGCUGCCCCCACCCAUGGACUGCCCAAAUGCCCUUCACCAGCUGAUGCUGGACUGCUGGCAGAAGGAUCGGAACCACAGGCCCAAAUUUGGGCAAAUUGUCAACACCUUGGAUAAAAUGAUCCGAAAUCCAAACAGCCUGAAAGCCAUGGCACCUCUCUCCUCUGGGAUGAACCUCCCCCUCCUUGACCGCACAAUCCCGGAUUACACCAGCUUCAACACUGUGGAUGAAUGGCUGGAUGCCAUCAAGAUGAGCCAGUACAAGGAGAGCUUUGCCAGUGCUGGUUUCACCACCUUUGAUGUAGUAUCUCAGAUGACUGUAGAGGACAUUCUGCGAGUCGGGGUCACUUUAGCAGGACACCAGAAGAAAAUUCUGAACAGUAUCCAGGUGAUGAGAGCACAGAUGAACCAAAUCCAGUCUGUGGAGGUUUGAUGGCUGCCUGUCCUCCCACUCCUCCUCCUCGAGGCCCUGCUCCCCUUUGCCCCUGUAUGUCCAAGCUCCAGUUCCUGAGUGUUCUGCAUGGACCAGAGACAGGCAGCUGCUCUGAGGAUCACGGCAGCAGGAGGGAACACCCUGUCCUCAACAAUGACAAGUUGCCAAGAGCUUCUAGAAUUUAAGCAAUGGAAAAAGGGAACAAAAAAAAGGACAACUAUUUUGAAAAAAAAAAAAAAAAACAAAAAACAAACAAACUACAAAAUAUUUUUAAAUAAUAAUAAAGCAAUUGCAUUCUUGAAAAGGGCUCCAAGACCAUUGGGAGUCUCCAAAGGAAGAGAAAAGAGCAGCUUCAUGUUUCCUCUUGCACAAGGCUGCUGCAGCUGGACCCAGGCACCUCUGGAGCAGUGGGACUUCUCCAGGAAGAGGAAUGCAAGGAAAGGCCACGAGAAGCACAUCUCUUCCUCCCGUGGCUCUGGGAAUGCUGUGAGCCAGGCCCUUCCCCAGAGCCCCUGUGAGCAGAUCAGAGGGGGAGAGCUGAAGCUCUUUGGUGCUGUGAAACCAAGUGCAUCUCAGAAACUGAUGGACUCCUUCAAAAGCUGAAGACUUUUUUUUUUUAAAAAACAAAACAAAACAAAACCACAACAAAUAAACUAAGACUAGAGGAGGCUGUUUCCGACAAAUGAGAAGGAAUCUGUAACGCCUGGGGGGGUGGGGAUAGGGAAAACCAAUCCUUUUUACAUCUCUUAUUUUCUCUUGUCAUGGAACAGUUUUGUGAGUGACAGUUUCCUAAGGGUCCGUCCAUCCACCCUCCAAUGGCAUCGUGUCUCAUACAUAUCAUUGCUCAAGACUUUAGUGAUAUCCUUUCUAGAUGCCAAUGAUCUUUUCCCAGAAGACUUCCCAAGUACAGUAUGUAGUAGUUUUUGAUUACAAAUGCUGACGUGUACCUUUAUUUUUCGGUUGUCAUUGUUGGGAGAUUUGUCCUUUUACAUUGUUUUGUUAACAUCAGUUUGUGAGUUUGGGGUUGGAAAUUUUCGGUUGGUUGGGGGUUUGGUUUUUUUUAAUGAAAAAGAAAUGACAUCUCCAAGCAUCAUAUCAUCCAAGAACUUAAAUCCCUUCCCUGUGGAAGGAAAAAUUGCAGCUUAUUGACCAUAUGCCAGGAGAAAAAGGUUUUUUAUAUGCACAUUUCCUCCCGUUUGCUUAUUUGUUCUUUCCAACUGGUCGUGGCAUGACAGAUGUUUGUGGCUCUUGGGGUUCCAGGUGUUUGCCAAAGUGAAAUGGCCACCCGCUCAACUUGGGGGUGAGCAGCAUCACAGGGGGAUUGGGAGGGAAGUGUGGGAGGGUGGAGGGGUUUUGUGAAGGAAUGAUCACUCCACAGGUGGCUUCAGAGCCCUUUGGAAGUGUCUGGCUGCUGAGGAAGGUGUUGGAUUGGUGCAUGGGAAAGGCAGGGCAAGCCCAGCCCUCUCAGAGGAGCUCGUGGCUCAGCAUUUUGGAGAGGGGAUUGUGUUAUCUGCAGGUGGGGAAGGGUCCCUGCUGGUGCCAGGCUGUGCAGGUGGGCUCUGUGCCUUGGGGACCUUGUCCCUUUGUUGGGUUAUUCAGCUUCAGGCUCAGCCCCUCACGUCACAGAGAGCCUGGGACAGCAAAAACUCCAAUCCCAGCUCUCCAGAGGCAAAAUGCUUUGGGUGAAGCUGAAUGAUCAAUCAAUGGGGUUUGUAAAUAACUGAAAAAAAAAAUUCCUUAGUUACUGACCAGGUCUUUGGGGUGUGUGAAUGCCACCAGCUGAGCACCGGGAGGUGCAGAUGAGAAUUGGGUUGUUCUCGGUGCCCAACACCACCGUGCAUCCUUUGAAGCAUUCCACAAGUGGCAUUUUCCCACCCAUCUCCUGGGCAUGGCCUCAGGACUGGUGUUCACAGCCCUUGUCUGCCAUGGCCAUGUGGUUCCUGGGCUCCUCCUCUUGUUUUUGGCAGUAGUGAGUGUUGAAGGCACAUUCACUGGGAGCUGGCUGUGUUUUCCAGGAGCUGAAUCCAAGAGGAAGUGUGUCUGCUGUGGAUGAAAAUCCCAAGCUGUCUAGACCUCUGUGGCCAGACAUCAUCUCCCCAGACUGCUUGUAAAAUAUGAGGCCCUUUAUGAAAUACUUCUAGCAUUUUCUGCUGCCAGAGCAGAUCCAACAACAGAGCCCUUGUGGGUGGCAUCAGAGCAGUCCCUGCAAGUGAGACUCCUCUCCUGAGCUCUUGCCCUGUCCCAGGGUUAGGUGCUGCAGCAGCAGAGGCUUUUCAAUUGUCCCUCCAGCCCCUGUUAAUCCAAAAUCUCUAGUGCAGUGUUGUGUUGAUGUUUGCAUCCAGCCCAGCCCUGGCUUUGCAGCUCUGGGCUUGCCUGUAGUGAUGGGAACCUGGCAGGAGGUGUGUGCUGGGUGCCAGGGUCCUGUCCUGAGCUCAGUGCCCACAGGGCAGCCCCUGGCACAGCCCCAGCAUCUCCCUGCAUGGCUGGCAGGUGGCACAGAGUGGUGUGGAGAGAGGGGCAGUGGGCUGUGCUGGAGGUACCUGGAGGGGCAGCUCUGCCCCAAAUCCAGCCUGGUUUAGCCUGUGUAUCCAAAGGGAUGCACCUGCUUCAGGUCAGGUGGUGGGCUCAGCUUUGAAAGGACAUAAAAAAAUCACUGGAGUUGGCUAAACCACAGGAAGUGUUUGCAGAGGGCACACAGGGAAACCAGGAGCUCCCAGGUGUGCCCAGUCCCAGUGUGGUGUGGGAGCUUCCCCUGGUGUCUGUCCCACUCUGUGGCUGCUGUGCUUUGACAAGGAGCAGUUGUCCCUGCCCCAAAGGCAUGUGAAGCUCUCUGAUGGCAGUGCAGGGUGAGGGCAGGAUGGUGCUGUGCCAGUGUCCAGCACAGCCAGGAGUGACCUCGUGCCCCACAGCUCUGCCAGGAGAGCUCUGCCCACAAAACCCACCAGCAGAUUCCUGUGGGGCAGCCGUGUGCAAGGAGCACGUGGUGCCUUUCACUUGUCCUCCCCAGACAAUUCCUGACUGUUCUCUGCCACCCCCUCCACUCCUGCAGACACCAAGGAGGAGCAAUGCCCAGGCAGCAUCUCUGCAGAGCCACCCAGGCCUUGGAAGGGCACUUCAGGUCUUCUUCACUUGGAGACAUUUUGUCUCAAUGCACUGAAUCUCCUCGCUGGCUGCUUCAGACACAUCUACCUGCCAGACCCAGCCCACUGUGAAGGACAGGUCCCAGUGCCACAGCCCCAGAGCUGUGGCAGCCAUCUGCAGGACAGAGAAAGCACAUCCUUGUCUCUUCUUCUGACCAAAAACUCACGUGGUGGUGGUGGCACUAAAAGUAACACCACCUUCCCAUCUGUGUGUACCAGACACAGCUGUGACAUCGGUGUUUGGCUGUGUAGGACUAAUGGAGAGCUGGGCUAAAACAGGCAUGGUCCAGAAAACACUGCAGUUUUCUGCAUCUUCAGCUCUCUUGGGAGCACAAGGAACCGAGUUCCUGUCAAGUGCUGUGGUUGUAAAUGCCUCUGGCACAUGCUGCAGGGUGAGGGCAGAGCACUGGAGUGACAAUGACAUUUUUAUUUCAUGGGUCUCCAAUGUACUGCUACCAAAUGGGAGUCUGAUGGAAAACUGGGCGUGUUCCAGGGGGAAAAGGCACUUGCUAACAUUGACACUGUGAAAUGCUGUUGUGCAUGUGCAUGUGUGCAUGUGUGGGUACGUAACAAAAAUCAUCACAUGGAGAUUUUCAGGCAGCUUGUUGCAAUUUUCACAUUUCCCCUGUACCUUUCAAGCUACCUCCCAGCCCUUCCCUUCUCCCCUUCCCAUUUCCUGCUGAGGAUCAGCCUGUGGACGGCAUUCAGUGGGAAUGCUGAGCAACUUGGAAGUUCUCAGUUGGUUGGACAGUGAUAAGUUCAAAUCUUGCAGAGCAUCACAGGGCAGAGCAGAGAAAGCAAAGCAUAUGUGGACAGUAAAAAGUUGAAAUAUCUUUUGUGGGUCAUUUCCAGCUGUUGCCACCAGCCCAUUUGCUGGAGUUACAGUCCAGGGCUGUGAAGGAGAGAGGAAAAACAGCCCUGUAAGACAGAGCAGUGCCAUGAGGA